GUUUUCAUUGCACUAAGGGAGAGCGCUGUUGACUGUAGAGGAAGUCAUUCGGUACGAUAACUCAACGUGGCACUGGUGGCACAACAAGGACCGACCAUGAGCUGCACAGACGUCACACUCUCGACGGGCCAGAGGAUGCCAGCCGUGGGCCUGGGCACCUGGAAGAGUAGCCCCGGGCAGGUGAAGCAGGCGGUGCUGGCCGCUCUGGACUGCGGCUACAGGCACAUUGACUGUGCGGCCGCCUACAGUAAUGAGCACGAGGUGGGGGAAGCUCUGGCUGAGAGAGUGGGGCCCGGGAAGUCCCUCAAGCGGGAGGAGGUCUUUGUGACCUCUAAGCUGUGGAACACCAAGCACCACCCUGAUGAUGUGGAGGCUGCCUGCCGGAAGACCCUCUCCGACCUGGAGCUGAGCUACCUGGACCUGUAUCUCAUGCACUGGCCCAUGGCCUUCCAGAGGGGAGUGGAACUGAUGCCGAGACGGCCUGAUGGCACUGUUCGCUAUGCAGAUACCCACUACCGAGAUACCUGGGUGGCCAUGGAGAAGUUGGUGGACCAGGGCCUGGUGAAGGCUAUAGGGUUGUCCAACUUCAAUGCAAAGCAGAUUGAUGACAUUCUUAGCAUGGCAAAGCACAAACCAGUUGUGAACCAGGUGGAGUGCCACCCGUAUCUGGUCCAGUCGGAGCUGCUGGCCCACUGUAAGAACCGAGGGGUGGCGGUCACCGCCUACAGCCCCCUGGGGUCACCUGAUCGUCCCUGGGCCGCCCCAGGUGAGCCCCUGUUGUUAGAAGACCCACAGAUCCUCACCAUGGCCAAACACUACAACAAGACCCCAGCCCAAGUCAUCAUCAGAUGGCAGGUGCAGAGGGGAGUCAUAUGCAUCCCGAAAAGCGUCACUCCGUCCAGGAUCAAGCAGAACCUCGAGGUGUUUGACUUUGAAAUAUCAGAGAAAGACAUGACGCAGAUUAACUCCUUCAAUCGUAAUGAGAGACUCAUCAUACCCACUAUAGAGAAAGAUGGUGUGAAGGUGUGGAGGGAUGCGAUUCACCCUCACUUUCCCUUCCAUGAGCCAUACUAGCUACCUCUCACUGAGCAACCACAGCCAGGAAAGGACAGCCAUGCUGAACCAUCUUCUGAAUUCCCCCCAACUACUUUACCAAGCACUUAGAAGAUUGACAUUCAACAGUCUUGAGUAACAUAUGUUGCAUACUCGGACUCUCUGUAAGAAUGAAUAAAUAAAGAAUAUCACAUAGCACUCA